GUACCCAAUACGUCAUGUACCAAAACAGCUGCAGCCUACUUUAGUUGGAGCAACGGUUUAUGUUAUUGUUUGUAGCGCCGACAUACUGCUAUCCUGAAUCAUAUUUCCACUUUUACUCCCUUGGCUUUUCAGGUCGCUAUUUAUAUCUCAAAUAGCCGUGGCUGGCAGCUGAGCAUAAAGAGGCAAAACUGUGUGGGAUUCCUCAGACAUAGCUAGCAUAAGCUAGCACUUCCAACGGGCUACCUCUUGAGAGUUGCUGUUGCAGUUAUGGCGUGGAUGGGACACGGAGCUCCGUUUCAUGCAAACGAUAAGCAGAAUGGCGACCCAAAUUCGCCAUCGAGGGGUUUAACUGGUGUCCAUCCCAGCCAACAGUCACCGUCGUCCCACCUUUGUGAUUGCUCCAUGGCGUCGCUCUGCCAGAGCCAGCAGCGCUGUGUGAAAGCCUCCAUCGUUUCCAGCUGGCGGCUGGCUGAGGCGCAGGAUCAGAUGUGCUCUUUGGGGGUCCACAGCUCUGAGUCCCUGGAACAGGAGCGUGCGCGGACCCUCGUCUGCCCGACUGAGCUCACAAACACAGAGGAGGAGUGGCGUCGCAAGGAGAGCAUGCUGGCGGGCCCAGAACCCAGUCGCAGUCCCGUCCUCGGUGCCACUGGAAGUUGGGACGUUUUCGAUAAGAGUAUUAUUAAUUUGCACAAUCAGCCUGUGGAAAUGGAUCAGGACACCUGCAAAACAUUUCUGCAAAAAUAUGAACAAGAGCUCAGGCAUUUUGGUAUGUUACGGAGAUGGGACGACAGCCAGCGAUUCCUCUCACACAUGCCGCAGCUCAUCUGUGAGGAAACAGCAAAUUUCUUAGUCCUGUGGUGCAUUCGACUGCAGCAAGAAGGGAAAGAAGCAUUGAUGGAGCAGGUGGCGCACCAAGCCGUGGUUAUGCAGUUUAUCUUAGAAAUGGCCUCCAAUUCUCAACAGGACCCUCGAGGCUGCUUCAGGCAAUUCUUCCACAAAGCGAAAGAGGGACAGGACGUCUACCUUGAAGUCUUCAGAGCAGAACUUGACGCCUUCAAGCAGAGAGUCGAAGAAUAUGGAGCUAAAUGUAGAAAUGACGUUUUGAACGUUGAUCAGCAGAGCGUCGACUCAAACUGUAGACCUAACACCAAAGUAACAACAGACUUUAUAUCACAGGAGGAUCCCGACUUCAAGAUGAAGCACUGUUUAGAGGCUGGACUGUGGACAAAUACAGGAAAAUGGACAAAGGACGACGCCACAGAAAUGGAAGACAUCCGGAUGAUGGAGAUAUCAUAAGACUGAUGGAGACUGUUGCCUUGACUCCUGCUUUCCUCUCACCUCACUCAUCUGUCCACAUAGGAACAAUCUUGAGUUUGUAAGCCUUCAUCCAGCGCAGCAGGCUGAAACGGUAUUACAGAGCAGGAAUAAAUGGAGACAUGGUCAUCCUUUGUGUCGCAUCUUUCAGCAGAAGUUAUGUUUCGCUGAUGGCAAACAUUUUUUAACAUUUCAUUUGCAUUUGGCUACUGCUGCAGAGUGUCUUGUUAGCCAAUAAAUGCUUAUGCUACGCUGUA